GGAGACUGAGAAGAGUGGAACGCCCCGCUCCGCCGAGCACCUUGGCAAGGAGACUGAGAAGAGUCCAUCCUUCCUCCCGCGGUCCGCCGAGCACCUUGGCAAGGAGACUGAGAAGAGUGGAGGGUUUUGGUUUCCAUGAGAUGGCGUGAUGAUGAUUCACGCCAACAGGGCGACCUGCAUGCUUCGCCACCAGGGCGACUUGCAAAACGGUACUUGCUUCGCCACCAGGAGGGCGACCUGCAAAACAGUGCUCUUAGCAGAUGCUUUUAUGAUUGACAAGGUGUCUAGGUAGCAAGGUUUCAGGGUGUCAAGUAGGAAUAGGACAUUGCUUCAAUAGAGCGUUCAUGCCAGUGAGCCUGCGACAAGCUUGACAUUCAGUACGUGCGUGCCUCACCAGAAGACGGUGAGGCUGGCCAGGUCUUGUUUUGCGUUUGGGAAGAGUUGUUUGCAAAUCUUUGAGGGAGUCAAGAGUCUUCUACGUGCGAGGGCUCCUGGGUUCCUUGUGUUGCUACAUUGGCCCAGUCCGGUUAUUUUCAUUGUCGAAUUUGACCUUCAGUAGCUUUCUGUGUCACUUUUCAGCAUUGUUAUGUGAUCAUCCCGUAGUUAUUUGUGCCAGUUUUUCUCAAGACACUCAGGACGCCUUUUCAGCUCAGGGUGUCAGCGCUGCCAUGGCGCUCAAAUCCAGUGUGUUCGCUUGCCUCAACCUUGCAUUGUGCGUGAGCUGCAACAACAUCAUCAUCGGCCGGUCCGCCGAGCCCCGUGGCAAGGAGACUGAGAAGAGUAAGGUUCCCUUUUGGCCCCGGUCUGCCGAGCACCUUGGCAAGGAGACUGAGCAGAGUCCAUCGUUCCUCCCGCGGUCCGCGGAGCACCUUGGCAAGGAGCCAUCGUUCCUCCCGCGGUCCGCCGAGCACCUUGGCAAGGAGACUGAGAAGAGUCCAUCGUUCCUCCCGCGCUCCGCCGAGCACCUUGGCAAGGAGACUGAGAAGAGUGGAACGCCCCGCUCCGCCGAGCACCUUGGCAAGGAGACUGAGAAGAGUCCAUCCUUCCUCCCGCGGUCCGCCGAGCACCUUGGCAAGGAGACUGAGAAGAGUGGAGGGUUUUGGUUUCCAUGAGAUGGCGUGAUGAUGAUUCACGCCAACAGGGCGACCUGCAUGCUUCGCCACCAGGGCGACUUGCAAAACGGUACUUGCUUCGCCACCAGGAGGGCGACCUGCAAAACA